AUGGGCCACCCACCCUCCCUGAGGGAGGCGGGCGCCUUUGUUGGAGCCGCCCGGAAGGCCUCCCUGAAGCAGCCCCUGAAGUUCGACAACGUGCAGGGCUUCAUCUUGGAUUGCAUGAAGCAGACGGCGCGGGGUGAGCCCUCCACGCCGUCCUCUUCCCGCGCGGACAAGGAGGAGGACGUCCCCGAGAAACCCGGCUCCGCCGAGGAGGAGCUUGCCAGGCUCAAGGUGGAAACCAUGCGCUACAUGGUGGAGUCUGUGAACUACAGCCUGGGUGAAUCCCUGCACACGAGCCGCGUGAUCUAUUUUACCAAUGAUCAGGCUUUGAAGGUCUCCCCGGUUCAGAUGCCCAUGGUCCGAGAGGCUCUUGGCAUCCACGAGCCGAAGCUGGUAAUUCGCCUGGUGCCCUGUCAGAAGGGCCGGACCUACUGGGAGGGUCGUCCGGCCAUCAGGAACAUCUUGCCCACGAAGGCGAAUCCAGAGCUCGAGGGGCACGAGCAGAUGGUCGAGACCGACAUGAAUCUCAUCGCUCGAGAGGUUCUGCUGCCAGUGGCCAUGAAGAGCCCUCGCUUUGGUUUAGGGUUUAGGGUUUAA